UAUCAGUUUUGCAAAAAUGGAUGAAAUUUUACAAGACGUAAUGCAAAUGAAACUAUUACCUAUUCAAGAAUAUUACCGUCCCUAUCAACCUACAGAUGAUUCUAAGACGAAAAUAAGGAUAAUUCAAAGAAAUUAUCGAUGA